GGUGAGUCACACCAACAUUAGUGACUCUGAUGAAUGCGGAAGUGUUCGCCGAAACAUGUCAGGUAUUUAAACCACCUAUAACUAUUGUCUUGGAUAAAAGAAAAAUUGGACUAAUAUACGUGUAGACAAAAUGAAUUAAUUACAACUAACCCCACUAAUAUUUUCACUGCAAAAUAUGCGUUAUAAUGUUUCAUGAAUACAAAUAAACUAUUCAAAAUAGCAUCAAAAUGGGCCAAUAUGAAUAUAAAGAGCCAUGUCUUAACAUUCAGGUACCAAAUGGUGGGCAUGUGCCGAUUAGCGGUUUCAAGGUAUACCGAGGUAUGAAAACGUCGAGGUUUCAAAACCACAAAAUUUUUCUGUCAUACUGUCCCUAAGGUAUUAGCUAAAUCCCUCGCAGCUGUAAGGCUCAACCCUCCCCCACCGGUUGUUGAUUAGUGUCAGUGAGUCAGCUGUGCCACAUGAUGGCUAGACAAGGUGAAACUCCUGAACUUUUUCCCCCAUCGAAGAAAACGGAAUUGCUGUCUCCUUCUCAUCCUGCCCGGCCGCCAACACUCUGCUGCCGGCGCACACGCCCAGCAACCCGCUGCUGUACGGAGCUCAUCUCUCUCUCUCUCUACCAUCAGCAGAGCAAAGCAGCAUGUGAAUGGCGGCGGAAAGCGUCCGAGUUGUCCGGGAGGAGCCGGAGGAGGAGGCGGUGCAGUCAGAGCUCCCGGCGCGCAGUCAGAGCCAUGUCCAAUUCCCGCCCCGCCUUCUGGCACACACCCGCAGCCUCAGCCACACGCACUUUGGCGCACCGUCACAGAAGAAGCGCACCUGCCGCCUCACCCACAGCCUCUCCGCCAUGGCCCGUGGGGAAAACGGCACCCAAGGGGGCCUGGCUGCAGCGGGAAAGAUGCUCAAGCCCACUGAGGCACUGUUAGACGCCAAAGUCCCUCAACAGACGGACCUGAAUCAGAAGCUGUCAGUGUGCAACAAGCUGUGUUUCGCCAUCGGCGCCGUCCCCAAAGAGGUUGCAGCCAGUGCCACGGCCUUUUUCCUGCAGAUCUACCUGCUGGACAUUGCCCAGAUCAACGCCUUCCAAGCCUCCAUGGUGCUGUUUGUCGGAAGAGCCUGGGGGGCCGUGGUGGAUCCAGUUGUGGGCUUCUUCAUCAACAAGACCAAGUGGACCAAGAUCGGAAGACUCAUGCCAUGGAUGCUUGGCGUUACACCCUUCUUGGUGGUGUCCUACUUCUACCUCUGGUACGUUCCCCCCUUCAUUAACGGGAGGUUCGUGUGGUACCUCGGCUUCUACUGCCUCUACCAGACCCUAAUCACAUGCUACCACGUGCCUUAUUCCGCUCUUACCAUGUUCCUAAGCACAGACCAGGGGGAGCGUGACUCUGCCACCGCCUACCGAAUGACUCUAGAAGUGUUGGGCACCUUGGCCGGCGCCGCCAUCCAAGGUCAGAUUGUGGCCAGCGCCCACGGACUCAAACACUGCCAAGGGAACAACGCUACCGUCAAUGCGCUUAACAACAGCGGAGGUGCGGAGGUUGUUCGGAGUUUGGUGCGCUCGAAGGAAUACAUGACACAUGCUAAGGAAGUUUACAUGAUCGCUGCUGGUGUCAUCGGGGGAAUCUUCCUGGUCUGCACUGUGGUCAUGUUCCUCGGAGUGAAGGAGAAAGACGAUCCUUACGCGCCAAAGACAGAGAAGCAGAUUCCGUUCCACCGCGGCUUUAUCAUGGUGAUGCGUCACGGGCCGUACCUCAUCCUCACUGCCGCUUUCCUCUUCAUCCUGGUGGCCAUUCAGCUGGUGCAGAACAAUUUUGUCCUCUUCUGCACGUACGCUGCAGACCUGAGGGAACACUUCCAGAAUAUCGUGCUGACCAUCCUGGUGUCUGCCGUGGUAAGCAUCCCUCUGUGGCAGUGGUUCCUGCAGAAGUUCGGGAAAAAGACGGCAGCUUUUUGCGGCAUCACGUGGAUCAUGCCGUUCAUAAUGAUACUCGUGUUCGUCCCCAACGUGGUGGUGGCUUACGUGGUGGCAGUGUCAUCCGGACUUAGCGUCGCCGCCUCGCUGCUUCUGCCAUGGUCAAUGCUUCCUGACGUAGUGGACGACUUCCGGCUGGCCAAUCCGUACUGCAAAGGCCAUGAGGCCAUCUUCUACUCCUUCUACGUCUUUUUCACCAAGUUCGCCGCCGCCGUCUCGCUCGGCGUCUCCACCCUGUGUUUGCAGUUCGCAGGGUACGACAAUGGCGCCUGCAAGCAGCCGGCCGCCGUAGUGUACACGCUCAAACUACUCAUCGGCGCCGCCCCGGUGGCAUUCAUCAUCACAGGCCUCCUGAUCUUGCUUUUGUACCCCAUCACGGAAAAAGUGCGACUGCGCAAUAAACUACACCUGGAUGAGCUACGAAAACAAAGCUGCGUCUCCAGAAGUUCAGAUGACUUGGGCGUGAUGUGACAUGAGAUGACGGCGGACACGUAUUCCAGCAGUGCCUGCUGGGAAAUUGGCGGCAUUGGUGUAUAUUACACUGGGAUUUGUUUUUACCGUGAACAUUUUUUGUUUCAACACGUACUGUAUAGCCAUAAUAUAACAAGAGUAUUUAUACAAAUGAAUGUAUAUCAGGGUUUUAUUUUCCUUUUUCCUUGCUGUGUCUAGUUUCUCUGCAAAAAUGUUAUUUAUUAUUUAUGAAUCAUGUGAGUAAAAGACAUGGAAGGGGUUGAUGUUGUGUUACUUUGCCGAGGAAGUGAGAUGAGGACAGUAAAGAAAAAGCCACUAAGCUAUUAAAAUAUAUCGGGUUUAUUUUUUACAGACAGCUGUGAGCUCGUGCAGUGUUCCAUGUGCGUGUUGCACCCUCUAGAGGUAGGAUGUGGUAUUGAAACCUGCUGAAAAGGGAAUCUUCCGUUGAUGAACAAACCGCUUGGAUUUUGGACAAUAAUAUAUUUUGUGCUGAGACAAUCAGACAGUGUGGUGCACAUAAAUGGAGUCUUAGAUUUGAGAUUGUCUACAUGCCCAUUUGAUUGUUAAUCUGAUGCCAACAUCCCUGCAAUAAAACCUCACCUCGUUACGAUUCGGAUUGGUUUUUGUUUGUUUGUUUG